GGAAUGACAUAGGCCAUAAGUCUUCUAUCCUUACCACGUAAAUCUGAAUCUGUACUUAGUGAGCGAUGUCUGUGUUUAUUCAAGGUUCUAGAAAGUCACUUCUUAAAAGAUCAAGUAAUGAAGUAGUUGCAUCUACAAACAUACUUAUGGGAUAUAUCCCGAAGUGUGAAAAGACUAGUUAUUUCUGCUUAACAAAUUUGAAGUUUGGAUACGAUUAAUCGGACGACAUAAGGCUGUGUACUUUUUAAAGUUUAUUUGCAGUUAAUGCGCUCAUGGAUUCUUGCAACAAUAAAGACUUUUAUAAUUGCUGUAGUUGUGCAACUUGCAUUUUUUCUGAGUUAAUAAAAAUUGGUGAGUGUAUCCUGAGUUCGUGGUGCACGGACAACAUCAAAGCUCUAUUAAUGAGUUUGAUGAGUAAUCCUUAUUUGAAUAAGUUACGAGAUGAUAUUUGUAAACUUGUUGAGUUAAACAAGUCAAAAGACAUUCUUUACUCUAAAAUGAGGUUAUAUGGCUGUAUGGAUUGGAAUCUUGCUAGUGAUAAACGGAAGCUUCUUUCACCUCAACAUAUGGAUGAAGUUGAGACCCGAGUUAUAAAUUACUUAUCACGUUUACCUCUAGUUUAUCAAAGGCUUUUUAUUCUAUAUGUUUUGGUUGGUAGCAGUCCGUCUAUGACAAGUUCGAUCAGCUCUGAACUUCACAAAAAUUCACUACAAAAAGGUGAUUUUAAGACUCGGGAAUAUGAAUCUUCAAUACAACUGCCAUGGAAUAUCACCUCAAAAAUUAAGUCAUUUGUUAACAAUCAAGAAAAAAAGGUUGCACGUAAAACAAGAGGUAGCCCUUCGACCGAACUUCAAUGUACGUCAUCACUGUUUCGAGUUGAUCCACACUUUAUGAGAUACACAUUAGUACCAGUUCCUGUAUGCCCAAUUCAGUUGAGAAGUAAAAUUUCAGGUGAACCAAACUCUGGGUUAUUUAAGGAACCGCGGGUAGUUACAGGGAGUAAUGAUAAUACAUGUAGUCAAGGGAAAAAAAUGCAUUCUGAUUCAUCUGAUGAUUGGAAUGAUUUGAUACAAAAAUCAUGGGAUUCAAUAUCGUAUGAAAUAAAACAAGCAUAUAAUAAGAUAAAAAUACGAUAUGCUUUGAUGUUUGAAAGAAAUAUCUACUGUGGACCAUUUAGCAUUUAUGUAUUGCUAGAAAGGCAACCAAAUCAACCAUUAUGCAAACGACGUGUAAUACAUGUAGAUAAUAGAAGUCAUUGGUUAGCUCAUUGUGAAGGACGAUCUCAACAACGUACAAUUAAAUUUAUAGAUAUUACUAUGAAGUCAUUUUGUGAAAAAUCUUCAUCUAAUUGCAUUCAUAAACAAAAUGGUAAUGUUAAUCAAUCCGGUAGUACUGCUGAAUUUAUGGCACAUUUAAAUCGUGUUUGGUUAAUUGGACAUGCUGGAAGUGUAAAAACAUUAUGGUUAGAUAUUAAACUUCAAAUUUUAUUAUCAGGUAGUUAUGAUACAAGUAUUCGUUUAUGGAAUCUAUCUGAUAUUAAUAAUAAUAAUAAUCAACAUUGUUUAAAUCAACAAACAAAUCUAUUAAAUCCUAUAAGUUUUAGAAAUAGUCGAUCAAAAUGUAUUAGAAUAUUUCAUGGUCAUACAGAUACUAUACUUUGUAUUUGGUUAGAUCAAACUAAAUUAUGGUCAAAAUAUAAUAGAACAUCUGAAAAACGAUCAUAUUCAUCUUAUCAUUCAAAUAAUAGACAUAAUAAUAAUAAUAAUAAUCCAAGUGAUGAUGUUAAAAAAGAAGGAUUUCAAGGUACAUAUCAAUUUGCAAGUGGUUCAGUUGAUCGUACAUGUUGUAUCUGGAGAUUAGAUGAACAAAAACCAUUAUGGAUUAUGAAACAUUCAACUCCAAUCACAUCAGUAGGCUUAAGAGGAUACAUUUGUACAACUGGUGAACAUAGUGGACGUAUAAAUGUAUGGAGAAUUGGUAAUAAAAAACCAAUUUUAAUAAAGGUAUUGACUGGUCAUACUGAUGUUAUUACAGCGUUACGGUUCGACAACUAUCAUUUAGUCACAUCGUCCAGGGAUAAAUCUGUAAAAAUAUGGUCUAUAAUUGGAGAAUUCUCCGACUGUAUAGGUACAUUAGUGCAUACUGGUGAAGUGUUAUGUGUUGAAUUGAUUGAUUUAAGAAUUAUAACUGGUUGUUCAGAUGGUCGUAUACGUGUAUGGAAUUUAUUAACUCAACACUGUCAAAGAAUAUUACCGGGAAAUUAUCGUCAUGAUCCAAUUAUAAGUAUUAUGCCAUUGGAAAAUCGAUUAAUUGUUAAUACACAACACAAUAUAUUAGCUUUAAAUUUUGAUACUGUAAAAUGGGAAUAUCAUGAAUCAGUUGAAGAUAAAGCGGAAGAAUUUUGGCUUAAAUCAAUUAAGAAUAAAUCAAAUCAACAGAAUAACAAUUCAUUACACUCUAAGCCUAGUUAUGCUGAGUCAAGAUAUAUUAGAUCAUGUUUAAUUAAUUCAGCAGAUCCAAGAUUUUUUAAACAGUCAAAUAUGAUAGGUGUAAGGCGUAAAUCAGCUUGUCGAUCUUUGAGUGAACAUUCAAAGUCAAAUAGAAUGAGUAGAAUAUCAUCAGGGUCAUCGAUUCAAUCAAAUUCUAAUAGAUCCAAUAAUUUGUUACGAAAUAGUAAAAAGAAAUCUUUUGAAUUUGAAUUUUUAAUAUCACCACCAAUACCGGGAACAUAUGCGGUGAAGCACAGUGUUAUAAAACGUCCUAAAUCAGCAUUUGCAGUUACUAAAGAAUUAAAACAAAAAGAACAUGAACAAUUAUUAUGUAAUAAUAAUAAUAAUAAUAAUAAUAAUAAUCUAUUCAAUCAAUCAAUGAAACAAAAUAUUUCAACUAUAGAACAUCAAACAAAACAAGUAAAGGUAACAAAUGACAACAAUACUACUACUACUACUGCUACUACUACUAAUACUACUACUAAUAAUCAUACCAAUAUUAUUGAUUAUUCAAAGUUAUUAACAAAUCAAUAUUUCUAUCAAUCAUCUUAUGAUAUUAAUCAAUUUAAAUAUUAUUUAUUAAAACAAAUUCAUUAUUUAAAAAAAAAUCAAUUUAAUCAUAAACAAAAUGUUCAAUCAAUAAAAGAUACUUAUAUUGAUCUUGAUAUAAAAUAUAAUAAUAAUAUAGUAACUAAGUAUAAUGAACUAGAUCAAUUAGAUAUAUUAAUCAAUGAUAAUUUCAAUAAAUCAUAUCAAACGAAUUCAUCAAAAAUCCAUAAAUUACGAUCAUAUUCAGCUCCUUCAAUAAAUAGGAAAUCAUCAGAUUUUUCUAAUUUCAAUAUAAAAUUCAUGAAUCAUUGGAAACAAGAUAAUGAACAAUGUAUCAAUUUAAAUUCUAUUCAAUUACCAAAUCUUAUUAAAGAGGAAUAAGGAAAGAAAAUAUAAAUCCUGGUUAGAUAUUCAUCGCAGACGUAAAGGCGAGGAUUGGUAAAGCAAGGGCUGCAUUCGUACAAUUGAAGAACAUAUGGAACUCAAAACAACUUUCAACCAAUAUCAAAGUUAGAAUCUUCAAUACCAAUGUCAAGACAGUUCUACUGUAUGGAGCUGAAACUUGGAGAACUACAACAACCACAAUCAAGAAGGUACAAGUAUUUAUAAAUAGCAGUCUACGCAAGAUACUCAACAUCCAUUGGUCGGAUACCAUCAGCAAUAGCCUUCUGUGGGAGAGAACGAACCAACUUCCAGCUGAAGAGGAAAUUAGGAAAAGACGAUGGAAAUGGAUAGGACAUACACUACUCAAACCGUCAAAUUUCAUCACGAGGUAAGCCCUAACUUGUAAUCCUAAAGUGAAUCGGAAAAGAGGAAAGCGAAAGAACACAUAACAUCGGGAAAUCGAAGCAGAUAUGAAAAGGAUGGAUAACGACUGGAAAGAGCUGGAAAGGAUUGCCGAGGACAGGGUUGGAUGGAGAAUGCUGGUGAGCGACCUAUGUUCCUUCACGAGGAGUAACAGGCGUAAGGAAGUAAGUAGAUAUUCAUCGGGAAGUUGGUUAGUAUAAUUCUGAAUAGCAUUUAUCAACCAGUUAUUUCGCGCUAUUUUCACAUAGUCUCAACUGCAAUUUAUUUAUUACAUCAUCAAUUGUUGUCAUAUUUCUAAUCAUCAUUUACCUAUAAAUACGUUACUCAACUUUAUAGAUUAAAUAGUCCUUUUCAAUGGUAAAGCUUAAAACAGA